AUGUCUUAAAAAAAAUAAAAGAUCAUGACUUCCAUAAUAAAGACUAUUCAAGUGAAGGAUAUUAAGGAUCUCUAAAGUCUAUUUGAAAUCAUAAAGGAUGAUAGAUAGAUUUUAGAAUUUUUGUAAUUGUUAAUUCAUCUCACAUCCAUAGAUGACACUCUAAUUUAAUGUGGGUCAAAUUCAUUGUAUGUAUUAGUUUAGAUGAAGGUGGACCUAAGAAAUAAAAAUUUUGAAAAUAUUAAGAUUUAAAAUACAUCUUUGGUGGGAGCUAAUUUUUUGGUUGUAAUUUUAGCGAAUUGAAUUUAAAUAGAGCUUUACUAUUCAAUUGUAAAUGGAAAAAUUUGAGAAAUCAUGAAUUAGAUACAUUAGAAGGUCAUAAUAGUACUGUCUUAUCAGUAUGCUUUUCUCCUGAUGGAACUAGUUAUUGGAUGUUAAAAUAGGAUAAUACAACGACAAAUUAGAUGGUCAUUUUCAUACUGUCUACUCAGUAUGCUUCUCUCCUGAUGCUACUAUAUUAGCGUCUGAUAGUUACGAUAAUUCUAUACGUUUAUGGGAUCUUAAAAUACAAAAGAAAAUUUAACCCUCCUAUAAUAUUAAUAAAAAUAUAUUAGCAUCAUUUAAAGCCCACCUUUAAAAAAAACAAUCUAUUAUCAGUAUAUAAUUUAAUUUUAUUUAGUUAAGCCUAUUUUUACUACAUUUCUUUUAUGCUCAUAACUAUAUUUUGAAGCAUAAGAAGCUUUAAUCUUUUUAAGGAGAAUUUACAAACCAUUAAGUCAAAGAUUUACGUUAUUUAUUUAUUAAUAGGGGUGCUUGUAUUUUAGAAAAUUGGAUCAAUCUUCAAUAGGAAGCAAUUAAUUAGUGA